GUUCUUUUGAUAAGAUCUGAGGUGAGCAGGGAAAGUUCGUGAGAAGCGCCAGCAUUAUGCGCCUGAGUAUUUUCAAUUGCGUCAUGACUGUUUAAGACGAUGGAUGCUAUCGCCUAAGUUUUUAGAACAGUUCAACCUCCAAGGGUAUCGUAACAAAUAUUUUUGCUUCUGCUAUCUUAAGAACAUCAGAAAAUGGUCUACGGUUUGCUGAUUCACGCACAUGAUGGUCGUGCCUUCUUCAGUAUUUUUUGGAGUGCGGAAGGCAAUGACAGUCGCAAACGCAUUAGACAACAAGCUGUGAUUCGCCGGGUUGUAGAUUAAGGCUAUUUGUAACUCAUCCUGAGCAGCAAUUCCCUGUCCAUGGGGAAAAAGGAAACUGGAACUACUAGGAGGUCAGGAUCAUGAUUUUAUUAGCUGUCGCUUACCCUCUAAGCAUCGGAGUGCACCUACCAGAAGAACUUCUUCGCACCGGCCGCAGAAGGCAGGCAUAGACUCCUGGAAGGCUUAUUCGGUGUCACCCGUGCGGAACGCAUUCAAGACGCGACGAGAAGGAAAAAUGGCAGUUCUCUGGACCUGUCUUUUCCAUCAGCGUUGUUUGGGUCAGGCUUGUUCGGAUCCAGUAGGGGGCAGAAGGACAACGACUUGUUUCCCCACGACGAGCGAACCCUUUUGAGCAGUGGCGAUAGAGCUCAGUAUGACGACUAAGGCUCAACGUAAUUCUUCAUUUCUAAUGUUGCUCAUUUUUCUCGGUCUCCCUGUUGGGUGGACUCUAAAGAAAUGAAAUGUAAAGAAGUGAAUAUGGCUGUGGCUCCUUUGAGCUCUAAGACGAAAGCUCCACAAGAUGUGCUUUGCCAGGCCGCCAGCAAGAGGGCGUCUUGCGGAUGGGCAGCCAGAGUCUGUUUGAGACCUCCAAAGUGAUCGUGUGGAAACAAGUAGGGGAUGUGUAUUUCACGCUUAUUUGCGAACCCUUGGAAAAUUCCUUGUUGGCGAGGAAUUUUUUGACCCUCUUCAUCGCUGAAUUGCAUCGUCAUUUCGAAUCGGCAAAAUACGAUAAGAAAGACACGAAAGAGACGAUUGGAGGACAAACUGCGGUUAUGAUGCGAGAAAGGAGUGUUGUUGUUCCAUAGAAUUUGACUAUGUAGUCUUUCUGCACUUUCUGUUUCCAAUAGAGUAGGAGACAAAUCUUAGGCAGCUCGACGAAUAGAUUCAAAUCAUCAGAGUAGGACACAAAUGAUUUAGAAUUUUUGAUGAACAAACAAGACCUUCUAUUUCAACAUCACCGUACCUCGUAUCCGCUAACACAUCCUCACCCGAGCAGCGACCGAAAGGGAAAUCGGAAGGCGGAAUGGAUGAGCACGUUUCGCAACGACCGGAUGAAGUUUUGAUGAUGCUGCACUAUCUUUUGCCUGGUGGACAACUGUUGUUUUCAAGCUAUAAUCUCCACAACUUUUUGGUAAAAGGACAUGUAACAGAAGCGUUAGCGGAAUGAAUGUAUUGAGGGCUCGCGUUCGACGCAUUGGCUCGAGUCUAU